UAUGAAUAAAUACAUUUUUCUGUAUUAUACGAGUUCCUCUUGAAAUUAAAUAUGAAAUGUAUUUUCACUUUCAUGGAAUCUGUUAUAAACAACACUGCUGAUUUGAUUUGAUAUUUAAAAACUCAACUGUAAACUUGAAUCUAGAGGGCCGCAAAAAAAACUUCUGGCGGGCUGAAUUUGGCCCACGAGCCGUGAGUUUGACCCGUGAUUUAACGUAUUAAGAGCUAAAACUAAAAGUUCAGAAAUGAGAAGGCAGCUCUGGAGUUUAAAGAAAACAAAUCAGAUUGUUUAAUGAUUAUUUAUUUUCAGACCUCAUACCACGUCAUAUUCGUGGUCAUAAACAGUUAAAUGUAAUUUUAUUAAUAUAGCACAUUUUCAGCUUGUAUUGCCUGUACUAAUGUAAAACAGACAUGAGGGAAUUUAGCACACACGGUAGGUGGCGGUAAAUGCAACUUAAAAUGGUUUGUCAUCCGCCAUUAAAACCAAGAAGAAGAAGAUCGACGGUGUGUUUAGGUUUUUUUUCCAACCGCCAAUAAAACAUCAAGAAAAGAUUGAAGGAACCGCGGACGGCAGCGUCGAGCUUCACUCAGAGACAAAAUGGCUUCCAGAUCAGAGGAUCUCUGCUGUCCGGUCUGUCAGGACGUCUUUAAGGAUCCGCUUGUUCUGUCAUGUAGCCACAGCUUCUGUAAGGAGUGUUUGAUGAACUGGUGGAGAGAGAAACCAGCAACAGAGUGUCCAGUUUGUAAGACCGUAUCGUUGACCAAAGAUCCUCCAGUUAGUCUGACUCUGAAGAGACUCUGUGAAUCUUUCCUACUGCAGAGAGAGCAGAAAGUUUCAGAGGGUCUCUGCAGUCUGCACUCUGAGAAACUCAAACUCUUCUGUCUGGACCAUCAGCAGCCAGUUUGUCUCGUCUGCAGAGAUUCAGAAAAACACUCCAAGCACAGAUUCAGACCCAUCGAUGAAGCUGCUCAGGAUCACAGAGAGAAUCUGAAAACAUUUCUGGAGCCUUUAAAGGAGAAACUGGAGCUGAAGAAGGAAGUUAAAGAGAAGUUUGAUCAGACAGCAGAACACAUGAAGGUCCAGGCCCGACACACAGAGAGGCAGAUUGUUGAGCAGUUUAAGAAGCUUCGUCAGUUUCUAGCAGAGGAAGAGGAGGCCAGGCUGGCUGCACUGAGGGAGGAAGAGGAGCAGAAGAGAGGGAUGAUGAAGGAGAAGAUGGAGGCUCUGAGCAGAGAGAUAGCAGCUCUUUCAGACACAGUCAGAGCCACAGAGGAGGAGCUGAGAGCUGAAGACGUCUCAUUCCUGCACAACUACAAGGCUGCAGUGGAAAGAGUCCAGCGCUGCCCCCUGCUGGAGGACCCACAGCUGCCCUCAGGAGCUCUGAUAGACCAGGCCAAACAUCUGGGCAACCUGGCCUUCAACAUCUGGAGCAACAUGAAGGACAUGGUGACCUACACUCCUCUGGUUCUGGACCCAAACACGGCUGGGUCAAGACUCUUCCUGUCUGACGAUCUGACCAGUUGGACAGUAGGAGAGAUGAAGAAGCUUCCUGAUAAUCCAGAGAGGUUCAAGUCAUGGCGUUCUGUCCUGAGCUCUGAAGGUUUUAACUCAGGGAACCACAGCUGGGAUGUUGAUGUUGGACACAGUGAAGACUGGAUGCUUGGUGUGUUAGCAGAGUCUGUCCAGAGGAAGGGAGACAGAGAGACUGGAUUGUUGGUUUUAGGGUUCAGUAAAGGUAAAUACUCUGCGUGUUCUCCAUGAGCUCCUUUCACAUUUCUCUCAGUCCAGAAGAAACUCCAGAGGAUCCGAGUGAAUCUGGACCGGGACGGAGGAAAGCUGUCGUUGUCUGACCAGGAUACUAACACACACAUACACACCUUCACACACUCCUUCACUGGCAGGGUGUUUGUUCUCUUCAUCAGGGUGGGUAAAGCAAAAAUCUUACAGAUGGAGAUCUGAGUGAUCAAACAGCAGCUCUGAUCUUCUCUGAGGAAUUUCCUGAGAUGUUUCAGACUGUCAGAGGACACCAUCGGUCCGUCGCUCUUAUUACGACACCUUACAGUGACCAGUUACUCUGCCGGGAAUC